AUGAGUGUUUUUGGGAAAAUAUUCGGUAGCAGUAAGAAACAGCAUACUGCAUCAGCAACACCUCAAGAAUCUAUACAGAAAUUGAGGGAAACGGAAGAAAUGUUGGUCAAAAAGCAGGAAUUUUUAGAAAAGAAAAUAGAUACCGAAAUUGCAUCGGCAAGAAAACAUGGAACCAAAAAUAAACGAUUAGCUUUACACGCAUUGAAACGAAAAAAGCAAUUUGAGAAACAACUGCAGCACAUUGAUGGGGUUCUUUCAACUAUUGAGUUUCAACGAGAAGCAUUAGAAAAUGCAUCAACUAAUGCUGAAGUGCUGCAAGUAAUGGGCUCUGCAGCAAAAGCCCUCAAAACGGCUCAUAAUGAUAUGGAUGUAGAUCAAGUGCAUGAUUUGAUGGAAGACAUAGCGGAACAGCAAGAAGUUGCCAAUGAAAUAGCUGAAGCAAUUAGUAAUCCAAUUGGUUUUGGACAUGAUGUUGAUGAAGAUGAAUUGCUUAAGGAAUUGGAAGAACUUGAACAGGAAGAGCUUGAUAAGCAGCUUUUGGAUGUUGGGACUACACCAUCAUCUAUAUCUAAUUUACCUGAAGCACCUACAGCUGAACUUCCACAUUCUGCAAAGAAAGGUCUGGUCAAAAAGCAUCAAGAAGAUGAUGACUUGGCUGAAUUGGAAGCUUGGGCGAACGCUUAG